AUGACAAUGAAGGGCAAGAAGUGGUCGUCUGAGUGGAGAGGAGGGCAGAGAAGCGAUGCGUCCAUUGAUUUGCUUGAGUUGUCUCAACACCUGAGGAAGGAAUACGUGUUUGUGUCGAACGAGAGGACGAAUCUCCAGAAGCUGAACGAAAAGGUGUUGACGGCGUCUUCGCGAGUGUUCAACGCGUGUUACAUAUCGCGAGAGCAGAGGUCUAACUGCGAGCGCCUCAUAUCCCACGGAAGUACAGAUCUACUCAACUGUUGCAAUGCUUUCAAUCGCUUGGAAUGUCUUCACUUCAUCGACGCCUACAAGAAGUUGUCGGCAAAUGAGCCACAAAUCGCUGAAUUGAUUGCUUUCAUGCGAAAGAGUCCCGAAUUGUUGGCUAAAUGUCUGAUAUGUUUGCAGAAAAUAAGACCCGAAUUAGUGGACAGUAUUUCGCAAAUCGUUUUGUCGAGUCUUUACUCCAAUUGUAUCCUAAAUGAAGACAAAGUGUUUGCUCUGAAGCUAAUGAAACACUUAAUAAGUCUGGAGUUGUCUGUCAUCGCAAACCCGCGACGAGUAUUGCGUUACAGUUGGUGUGCUUUCAGUCAUAUCUAUCGUCUCUUUUGCGAUCAAAUAUUAGACGCGAAGCCAUUUCUAACGGCCGCUCUCUAUGAACCAGUUAUGCAACUGUUGGCCGAAGACGACCUCUUCCUCGAUAUGGAGCCCAAUAGGGCUGCCGUUCGGUUCGCGCCGUCCGAACGGAUCCGCCAUUUCGGCAAAGAAGGCACUCAAUUGUAUUACGAAAAUCUGCAGAAAUACAGGAUUUGGACGAUCAAUAAAUUAGCGCUUUUUGUCAAUAAGUUUGUCGACGGCAUUCACAACAACAUCUUCUGCUUCCCUCACAGUCUCUCGUGGAUUGUGAGACAUCUCUACUCAACGAUAGUCGAGAACAAGAACAUUGAAGUUCGAGAGGUCGGCGCUAUUUGUACUGACCUUUUGUUUGGAUUUUUCAUAUGUCCAGCCAUUCUAAACCCGGAUCUAUUGGGUAUCACCGACGCUCAUGUCAGUCAUAUCUCACGAUUUAAUUUACAACAAAUCGCACAAAUCAUUCAAAUGCUGGCGCUCUCUAAAUGGGAACAAAUAGACCCCAAAUUGGAUGACCUCUACUCCAAAGUGUCUAAAGAGGGUAUAACUAAACUCUUGGAUCAUAUCCUUGAGAAACGUAACGACGAAUUACCAGAAGAACACAAUAAUCUUCAGUUAGUCAUCCGAUCAUCUGUUCUCAUAUCAGAGGCUGAACUCAAAACUUUUGUUCAAUUCUUGAAUUCAUUGCAAUUCGAAGCCGAAGACGAGAGCAUUAAGAAAAUGAGAGAAAUUCUGGAGAAAAUUCCCGAAAACUUUAUUAUUGAAAGCAUUGAUAAACUGAAUUCGUCCUCAAUCUCGGAAAACUCGCCGCGAAAUCGGAGAAGUAUUUUGAAUCGCGUGACUAAGAGUAAGAAAUCGAGUGAUUCUCAACUGAGCACAAGUGCGAGUGACCCUGGUCACAAUCAAAGCAAACUGAAUGACGCACAGAAUAUGGAUGUGUUAGUGAUUGCCAUCGGAAGCGGUCGCGAGUGUCCGGGAAUGUUGUCCGAAGACAAGGUCUUAAAAGCCGAACAACAAAAGAGGUCCACAAAAGUGAGACUUAAUUUAGACUUAUUGUUGACUCAAAACAUUGAGGAAACCGAGAGUGUUGUCAGUGCUGUCAGUGGCAGUGAAAAGAGAACUCGAUUUUCAUUAUCUCAAGACCAGGAAUCUAUUGGCACGAGUGAUAACUUAGAGGCCAUCUCUGAAGCGGCGUCUAAUCAUUCGGUGGAAUCGUCUUUGGAUUUAGAGAAUGAAAACGACAACAUGUCUGACAUGGUGUCUGCGAAUGUGAGCAGUGGUAGGGGAACGCCUAAUGUCAGCGGUAGAGACACUCCAUCCUCUCAUUCACCAAAUCAGUCGAGUGCUUCAUCUGACGAAGAGGUGGAAGACGAGCCAAUGGCCGAUGCAGUGGAAGAGCCGGUCAAUAUGGAAGUUCCUUUGCCGCCAUCGGAGUCCGGUUCGAGACGAUUGCACGCCAUUCCUAUAACACAACCCAAUCGUCGCAACAAUAGGGGUGAUAUCGAGGAUAAGUUCGGCAAAUUCGACAUUAAGCCGAUCGCAGCGGUCGAUGAGACGAAGUCGUUGCUAAGCGACACGUGGAGUACAGAUGUGUUGGGAAGUGAUUGUGAGGCCUUCGAGCAAAUGGAGAACAUUUCCAAUUUGCAGACUUCAGGCAUGAAUUUGCUGGCAUUUGGAGGCCAUCAGUCCCAAGCGUUUCAAUCAAUACUGGAUUCGUCGGAAACCGCGAGUCAGAGCGACGCAUGGAGUACAGAUGUGUUGACAUCCGAUACGGAGAGAUUACAAGAGUUUGAUCCCGAAGACAGUGUUAGUGUGACUCGAUCUGAGCCGGAAGAGGAGAAUUUGAACACAAUUUAUGAAUACAAUAAUAUGAUGGAAAGCCCAAAGAGCGGAACUCUCAAACCACGGAAUAUCAAAAUGGGCUCCAAUUCUUCGAAUUUCUCACAAGAAGGCAGUGAAACGAAUCCCAACUCAACGUUAGUUCGCUCCAAGAGUUCGGUCGCCAACUCUAAUAUUAAUUCUUUAAAACUCAUGAAUUUAAGCAAAAGUGAGAGCGAGAGACAGCUCUCUUUUGGUGAAACCGGUUUCAGUGAAAGUAGCGAUCAUUUCGUGGAUGGUUUUGCGAUGUCUUUAUCGCCGACAUUAUUGACACAUAAUAUGCAAUCACUCGGAAGGUUGAGCUUUGAUGUGCGAAAGUUCGACGAAGACCUCUCUGUUCGGUCUCUAAUUCACGACAACUUCUCUGCAAGUGUUAAGCCUAACGGUCAGUCAAACAACGGUUUACUCGUCUCUGAACUACUGUCCAUUGAUUUGACUCAAAAGAAAGUGACGAAACAAGCGAAUCCCGAAUUAACCAACAGUUUGAUUGACUUUGAGAUGGAAAUGACUGAUGGAAGUCAGGCGCAGUCCAGUAGUAGUUGUGUUAACAAUGAAUCCAUUGAUUUAAUGACUGAAAUGCAAACCGAAGAACCAAUGAAUUCAGUGAUUGAAUCAAAUGAAUCCCAAAUAAGCUCUUCCAAUGCAAUCACUGACAUUGAGAUUAACAAAAGUACUGUAAAUAAUAGUUGCAAACAAAGGGCUAUACAGGAAUCAACCGGUGCGAUACCAAAGAUCCCAAAACCCAUUAUCAAUCUCAACACUCGUCUCCAUCAGUAUGGCUCUAACGAUGACGACAUUGUCCGCCACUCAUCCAAUAGAAAGGGUUUCUUCAAACUAUCAAACUUUAAGUCGACGUUUAAGGAGAAAAUGCGGUCUUUGAAGGACAGGAAGGGCUCUUCAAACGACGACUCAUAUGAUUUCGAGUCCUCGCGAACUAAUCGAUCAAAUCUCGAUUCCAAUGAUUCCAGAAAUGAGUCUUCAGAUGAGAUUUUAGCUAAAUAUCGGGCAAAGGGUUCCCAAUUGAACACAAGUACUGAUGAGAUUACACUGAAAGCCAAUUCUGAUUCUAUGAAUGAUGAGGAGAAAAGUGAAUCAUUGGAUGAAUCAGAGGUUCUGGAGAUCACUAAAAGGAAAUUGAGACGAGUGUUGAGUUGUAUUGAUUUGAUUACAAUUCCCGCUAUUAUGAACGAAACGGAUACUAAUAAUAGUAAAACUAAAAUCAAUGAAAUAGUUCACAUUUUAAAGUUACUUUUGGCGGAUGCGAUCAAUCUUCGAAAUACAAGUCAUUCGGUUUUAUUACACGAAACCCUCCGAAGUAUCGAAUCGUUGGAUGAAAACUCAUUCCAGAAGUUGUUUUGGUCUCUAAGAGAGGACUAUAAGAAGAGGAGUGUUUACAUGGCAUACCUGACCCGUUGUAGACAACAGCUAUUGUCAGCGUUGGCCUACUUUGAGAGUAUUGUGCAGCACAUCGAACGCGAGAAAAGCAUUUGUUCUCAUAAUUUGAUUUCCAUUUCUGUGAAACAAUUCCUCGAACGCAAGGAGAGAAGCGUUCAGUUAUUCAUUAAGAAGUUUCAGUCGUUAAUAGCGGCCGACGAAAAGACCCAAUUGGUCGACAAAUUUAUGGCUUUCCUGGAGAGCACUCUCAACAGUGACAGUCAGUGGCAGUCGGCUAAUGAGGAACAGAUAGAAAUGGCUAAACAGCUGAUCGAAAGGCAUGUCAUGAGUCAGAUAUACAUUCACGCACUCUAUCCUAAUGGCGAUGGAGAUGUAUUACGCGAUCAAAUCCUCUACAAACACAUCCAAACCCUGUCCGCAACCAUUACACCGAAUCACAGAGAUUUGGGAAUUCCUAAAGUGUAUCACUCGGAGAAUCCCUGGCCUUCAGCCCAGUACGAGAUCCUAGCGAUUGGCGCACAUAAGACACCGCGAGAUAAAGUGCGGUGUGUUGUCAAGUGCUGCACCAAUAUUAUGUAUCUGUUGAGUCUCGCCACCGAUCGGUCGGUUCCCGCAGCCGAUGAUCUCAUGCCUGUCCUCGUCUUCGUUCUGAUUAAAGCCAAUCCGCCGUCACUUCUAUCGACCGUUCAAUAUGUGAACAGUUUCUAUGAGAAGCACUUCGAAGGAGAGGAAGCCUACUGGUGGACACAAUUCUGUUCAGCCAUUGAAUUCAUUAAAACUAUGGACUAAUCCAUCCAUUAGUUGAAUAUUUUAUUGCAAACAAAUUAAUAGAAUUAACAAAAAUAUAUAUAAUUUUUAUGGAAACAAAUCAUUCAUUAUUUAAAUUAAUUAUUUAUC